CAUGGAGGAGAGAACAGGACCAAACCAGGACCCAGGAAAUACGGCUGUCACCUCACACUGGAUCCAAACACAGCGAACAGAAAGCUGUCUCUGUCUGAGGGGAACAGGAGGGUGACACACACACAGGGGAGAGCGGAGCAGCCAUAUCCUGAUCAUCCAGAGAGAUUUGACUACUGGUGCCAGGUUGUGUGCAGAGAGAGUGUGUGUGAGCGCUGUUACUGGGAGGCUGAGUUCAGUGGGUCUGAGAGGGGAUGGGUUUAUAUAGCAGUGACAGAUAAAGGAAUCAGCAGGAAAGGACAGGUUUAUGACUGUGUGUUUGGACUGAAUAUAAACUCCUGGAGUCUGUGGUGCUUUAAGCGCGGUCCCUCUGACCUCAGUUACUGUGUCUGGCACAAUAAUAACCUAACAGACAUACCAGCCCCCCCCUCCCCCUACCGCAGAGCAGGAGUGUGUGAUGAUGAUGAUGCUGGUAGAGGAGUGUGUGUGUACAGGGUAGGAGUGUGUGUGGACAGUCCGGCCGGCACUCUGUCCUUCUACAGCGUCUCUGACUCUGACACACUGACCCUCCUGCACAGAUUCCACACACACUUCACUCAACACACACCCCUCUGUGCUGGAUUUCUUGUGUGGAACUCUUCAGUAUCCCUCUGCUAACUGGAGUAGAGACGCACACACGCACGUGCACGCACACACAC